CGGAUCCGGAGGAUGUGGAAUGACACAGUGCGGAAGCAGACGGAGUCGUCCUUCAUGGCGGGCGACAUCAACAGCACCCCCACCCUGAACCGAGGAACCAUGGGGAACCACCUCCUGACCAACCCCGUGCUGCAGCCGCGCGGGGGCAGCAGCCCCUACAACACGCUCAUCGCCGAGUCGGUGGGCUUCAACCCCUCCUCGCCCCCCGUCUUCAACUCCCCAGGGAGCUACCGGGAACCCAAGCACCCGCUGGGCACGCGCGAGGCGUGCGGCAUGGACACGCUGCCGCUCAACGGCAACUUCAACAACAGCUACUCGCUGCGCAGCGGCGACUUCCCCGCGGCCGACGCGGGCCCCGAGCCCCGCGGCCGCAACCUG